AACUCCCUGGUGGUUUUAGUCAAGGGAGCGGUUCUUUUUCUUCUCUAUUUCUACCUCCUCUUCCUCUCUUUUUCGAAGGGAGGCAGACAGAAGGGGGCUAUCAUUCUCGAGGGGAGAGAAGAUUUUCAUCCUGCUUUUUAAGUAUUCUCCCUCGAUUCCUUCUAAUCGAUCCGGCCUUUUUCUCUUCCGUCGAGAAAUUGGUGUUUUUUGGAGGCUAGGGUUUCGAUUUUCGGGUAAUUAAGGCUUGGAUCUGGGAGCCUUUCUGUGGAAAUUUAGGGUUUUGGCUUGUUGCUGGUAGUGCGGGUAAGGAAGCUAGGAUUUCGAAGAAAAGCUGCUUUUUUUAGGGUUCUGUUGGUUGAGAGAGAGUGGGAGAGCUUGAUUUGGUGGUGGGUUGGUGAGGCAGUGGAGCAUCCGUGCUGCCAAUGCGAUUUGUCGCGGUCUGGGUGGACUCUUCGGUGAUUUUUGACAGGCCGAAAGGGUUGGGGCUCGAUGUCGUGGGCUGGACCGGAAGAUAUCUUUCUAUCUACCUCGCUUGCGAGUUAUCUUGACAAAAAGCUUCUUGUCUUACUACGUGAUGGAAGAAAGCUUCUGGGAAUUCUUCGCUCUUUCGACCAAUUUGCAAAUGCUGUUCUUGAAGGUGCUUGUGAGCGAGUAAUUGUGGGAGAUUUAUAUUGCGAUAUCUCUUUAGGUCUAUAUGUGAUUCGUGGAGAGAAUGUUGUGUUAAUUGGAGAACUGGACUUGGAGAGAGAGGAGCUUCCUCCCCAUAUGAUUUGUGUUUCAGCUGCAGAGAUCAGAAGGGCUCAGAAAGCAGAAAGAGAUGCUACAGAUCUGAAAGGUUCCAUGAGAAAGAGAAUGGAGUUCUUGGAUCUGGACUGAUAGCUAAGUUAUUAGCUCAUAUGCUCGCACACUACCGUUUUGGUGGGUUUAUGUCAUCUCACCCGCAAAUUUUAUCGCGGUUUGGUUCAGGGAUGCUACAUAAAAGCUUCUCUUGCUCCCUUUCCCCAUGUUUGCUGCAAUGUUUGCCGAAAUGGUGUGUCCCAUUGCUUUUCGUAGUAUAACUUAUCAAAGCUGUGGAGUGGUGCAUAGCGAACGGAUGGUUUUAAGAUGGUGUUUAGCAUUGGGAUGUUUCUUUUGAUUUGAUAAAGGCUGCUGCAUUUCAGUUUAAUGAUAGACGCAAAUAUAAAAUUAACCUUAAGAGUCUUUUACCCAGCCAAACAUGAUUCUGAAUUCCUAUUUUCA